AGAUAUUCGUCACCGAUGAUGGCAACGAUGAUAUAUAUUGGUCUGAUCUGUCAAGUAUGACCUUCACCUUUUUACCUGUCAACCCAGCAUCUGAACCGUGGGAUAUCACAUAUGAUCACACUGAUGAUAGAGUUUACUGGACAGAGACUGGAGACGAUCUUAUAUAUAGUGCUAAUGUGGAUGGGACAGGCAAACAAAGUAUUACUGGUUUUUAUUACAACGCUCCUGUUGACAUAGCUAUUGCUGAAACUGCAAGAAGGAUUUAUUGUGCAUUCCGGGAUGAAUCUGAAAUCAGAUCAAUCUUACUUGAUGGUACUGAAGAAAUUGCAGAGGUUACGAGUAACAUUGACAAACCAAGGGCAUUGGUAGUCUUCGAGUCGACAGGACAUCUAUACUGGUCCCACACCAGAAAAAUAGAACGGAUAAAUCUAGAUCAAUCAGGAAGAACUAUGCUGUUUGAAAAUGAAGCGUACGACAAAAUAGUUGGAUUAGACGUGAGUCUUUCAGAUAAUCGUAUUUACUUCGCUGACGAAGGAGACAAACAUCUCGUCUAUACUGAUCUGGAUGGGAACAAUAUGCAGGUAGUUCAGGGUGUAUCUGAUAACUACAUUCCACAGGAUAUGAUGUUACAUAAUGGGAUGAUAUAUUUUACUGAUAAAAGUAUCAAAGGGAUCGUCAUCUGCGAUGAUUUCACCGAAUCUUCUCCAACCUUUCAUGAGUACCCCGAUGAAACCGUGUUUUCGAGUCCUCGAAAGAUGCACAUCACAACAGUUCCUUCAUGAUCAGCCAGAGAUUUUAAGAUCAAAUUUGUAGCGUUAUAAAAACCUGAAUGACGAGAUGUUGUGUAUAGCACUGUACCCCCUCUUUUGACCAUGUUUUUAAGGUAUCUAAUAUUGUCAAUUCAUCAGCAAAAUUAUCCAUAUAAACUGGUUGCAUCAAAUGAUUGGCUGUGAUCUAUCACGCUAUCAUUUAUUUUUUAAGUGGGGUAAAAUGUGCUGACUGGUACUAAUGACCAGUUCUCAUGGCCGGUCAUCGUUUUGAGAUUACCGUGUCAUCUAAAAACCGGGUCGUGUGGUCCAGUGGUCAGAGCAUGGGACUCAUAAUCGCGAGGUUGUGAAUUUGAAUCCCCACUCUGCCAUUGUCUGUGAAAAUGGGUGAAGGUUGUUACAAGCGCGUUCAACUAAGGCACCGUGAAUAAAACAUUUGAAAAUGGGCAGUCCGACAGAACGUGUUUUUAUUAAGUCACCGCAAGUUUUUCCUAAUAAUUUCUAAUGGAUAAUAUGAUACUAUUUCGAAUGAGACAUGAGGCAUAAUAUAUAACCGUAUUAUGUUCUUAUUCCAAACUGAUUAGUUAUAAUUGAUAUUGUCUCUGUUCGGAAGUAGUCGCAGUAAUAUUUACGAGAUGAUGAAAGUAAUAAAAGUGAAAUAUAUCUGAGUUUACACUCCGGCCACAGGAGCUAGUUUCAGGAAACUUGUGAUUAAUUGCAACUCAGGUUUCUAACGAUAAUGCAAAUACAUAUAUAUAUUUUUUUUCAUCAAAGAGCAAUAAUGAUUUGCUUAAAGAGUGAAAGUUGAUCCACAAUUUGUAAAUUAUGUAGAAAAUCCAAAACAACCUAAUGCCAUCAUAUUUGAAAAUAAUAUCAUUCCGAAAAAGUUUCGAUAUGCUUCUCACUCCACACUCUUUUGAACUAAACCAAGAACUGGUUAUUUUAAACACUCCCUACAUACAUAAUAAUAAGGCUUAUUUACCUAAAUCGGCUUGUCGCCUGAUAUCCGUGCAAUAACAUCAGUUCAUUUCUAAGAGGCAUUGUCAUGAUUGUAGGCUUUUAACUCUCAAACCAACUUUAUUUUUAUUUUUUUACUGUUGUUUUCUGUACAGUUGGUUUUAAUGUAAUAGAUUUAUCUUUUGAAUAGGUGUCUGUGUGUGUGUGUGUGGAUGUAUAUGCGUGAAUGUGAUUAUAAUAUUCAAAUCAUGUUUUCGCUUAGUAAGUGAUGUAGGCUUUACUUUGUAAUUUAUUGCGUAUUUUAAUGUUUUUAUCUGUACAGAAACGGACAGGGCCUAUUGGCAGAACGAUACUCGAUACUGAAGGGUCUAACCUGAAUAAAGAAGACCGAAUAAAUAAAUGAUUGAUUAAACAAUUGCAUUCUGGUUACUGGUCCAAAUAAUGACUUUCAAGUCAGAUCAUUUAACAAAUUACGAAAAAUGAAUCUUACAAUUCAGAGAAAGUUAUUAUCGUUAUCAUUGUUAUCAUUGCUCUUAUGAUUAUCACAAUUAUUAUUAUUAUGAUCAUUCUU